AUGGUCCAAGAGAAGAUUAAUCAUAACGACGGUCGACCAACCGGAACAUUCAGCGUUGAUCUGAGGAAACAACACUUUGACUGUGGGAAAUUUCAGGCAUUUCACUUACCUUGCUCCCAUGUAAUCGCAGCAUGUUCGAGCAUACGCCAGGACUACUCCAUUCACAUUCCAGACGUCUUCAAAAUUCUUAACGUCUUCAAGGUCUAUAAGGAGAGUUUCCUAGGACUUCCCCAUGAGGAGAAUUGGCCACAAUAUGAAGGAUUUACUCUUUGCCACGACGACUCUAUGAGAAGGAGGAAGAAAGGGCGCCCAAACAGCACCAGGAUUAGAACCGAGAUGGACGACGUUGAGAAGGAAAAGAGAAGGUGUGGAAUUUGCCGUGAAAUAGGACACAUGUGUAGGAAAUGUCCUAAUGUUGCAGGACCGUCCCAGCGACCAUCCAGAUGA